UUCCACAUGGAAGUGGAGAUAUUCAAUGCUACGAUGUCAGCAAAACUGCUACGUUGUGACAGAAUGAUGCGGGGAAAGAUCCGAGGUCCAAAUCCAAAGCUGCUUCGUGAACAAGGCUCACCAAUGCCUUCUGUCUAUAAAAGGGCAGUAAGAUAUCCCUCUCUUUUCGGAUUCGAUCAUGUACCCAUCAUUCACAGACAUCAUCAGACAAACAAGCCUCAAAGCAAAACCCCAAAACCUCACAAACCGCAAACAUGCAGUUCAAGAACGUUCUCGUCGCCGCCUUUGCCGCCAUGGCCACCGCUCAGGAUAUCUCCCAGCUUCCCUUCUGUGCUCUGAGCUGCUUCAUUACCAACUCGUCCGUCAGCGGCUGCUCCAGCGUUCUCAACUUUGCCUGCUCUUGCGCCUCGACUGCCUACUUUGAUGCCGUCACCGCCUGCGCUCAGAACAGCUGCAGCGCCGCCGACCAGGCCACCACUCGCGCCUGGGCCGUCGCCACCUGCAACUCGGUCGGUGUCCCCCUGCCCAACUGAGAGAAUCACGGUUGAGUGCUAUUGGUCACGUAUGAUGAUGAAUGAUUGUCUUUUUUUUUAAUGUAUAUGUUCGCUUGAGAAAUAAAAAACCGAGUAUCUCAAAUAACUACUGAGAUGUGCUGUAUAGGGAUAUCUGAGGUUUCGUUCACUUGCUUCGUUUUUGAGGCAUAACUAAAUUAUUAUUAAAGGUUCUCUUCAGACAAACCAAAUCCCGUUCAACAACAAAAAAAUUACAGCACAUUCU